AUGAAUGGAUUCGAGGCUGUGAAAGACGGACUCACCUUGGAUGAAUUAUCAGAGCGGUUACAGAGCCCAUUUAUUAAAGUUCUAUCAAAAGAAAAGGGUAUUGGAUUUUCAAAUGGUCAUGUCUGGAAGCAGCAGAGACGGAUUGCCCAAGCUGCUAUGCGGAAGUUGGGAGUCGGGAAAAAAAGUGUGGAGUCUCAAAUAGAAGCAGAAGUCGAGCAGCUUAUAGAGGUUUUUUCACGUGAAAAAGGUCAGCCGUUUGAUCCUGCAUUGCCCGUCACCAAUCUGGUGUGCAAUGUGAUAUGUGCCCUGUCUUUUGGACACCGGUUUUCCCUUGAAGAUGGAAACUUCAAGGAAUUGAUUGAUGCCAUUGAGUAUAUCUUCAAAGUUGGAGGAACCCCCUUUCAUAUAUUGUAUGAAUUGCUCCCAUCGCUCAUGGACCGUCUUCCGGGGCCUCACAAGAAGGCACUUCAUGCCACGGAGAUGGUGGUAUCCCUAGCACAUGAAGAAAUACAGCGACAUAAGGAGCAACAGUCUACUCAUGAGCCACAGGAUUUCAUUGAUUUCUACCUUCUUGAAAUGGAGAAAGAGAAGAUGAAGCAUGAUCCUAACUCUACAUACGAUGAAGAAAACCUGGCUCAAAGUAUUCACGACUUCUUUAUUGGUGGAACAGAAACAAGUGCUACUACGAUGAAAUGGGCAUUCAUCCUUUUGGCAAAUCGUCGAGAAGUCCAAGAUAAAAUCAUCAAGGAAAUAGAAGAUGUUUUGGGUUCCGCUUCCAUCUGCUAUGAAGAUAUUAGGAGGCUGCCUUUCACUAAUGCUGUGCUUCAUGAGAUUCAGCGUUACAGAUAUUCCAUGCUAAUGGGAGUUGGAAGGCAAACUACUAAAGAUCUGAAAAUAAGAGGUUAUAUCAUCCCAAAGGGGACAUUGGUUAUGCCCAAUCUACGCUCGGCCCUUCUUGAUCCUAAGCACUGGAAGACUCCUGAUGAAUUCAAUCCCAAUCAUUUUUUGGACAAGGAUGGGCAUUUUGUUCCCAGAGACGAGUUUCUGGCAUUUGGUGCAGGAACUCGCUCGUGUUUGGGGAAGGACCUGGCGAGGAUGGAGUUAUUUCUUGUGGUGACCAGCCUGUUGAGGGAGUUCCGUUUCCAGCCGCCUCCAGGAAUCCAAACACUGGAUGAAGAGCCAUCAAUGGGACUGACACUGCCCCCCAAACAUUAUAAAUUGUGUGCUCUUCCUCGCUAUAAUUAAAUCGUAAAGCAUGCAAAAUAAUUACAGUAGCUUAUUAUUUAUUGCUGUAAUUUUAAAGGAUUCAAAAGAUCAAUAAGUGCUUAACUAUUUUGUUUAUUUCUAGUGAAUGGAGAUAUGGCCAAAGCGGCUUAGACUGUCACACACAGAGAGACACACACACACCAUUGUGCAGUUUCCAGAGGUUGGGUGGUCAUAUUUGUAUAUGAGAGACAGCAAAUGUCUAUGAUGGAUUGGCUCUGUCACAUAGGUUGCAACUCAUAGAAUCAUAGUUGAAUAGACCUCAAAGGCUAUCCAGUCCAACCCCUGCCAUGCAGGAAAAUACAAUCAAAGCACUCCUGACAGAUGGCCACCCAUCCUCUUUAAAAACUUCAAGAGAAGGAGACUAUGCCACAACUCCAAGGCAACAUAUUACACUGACGAACAGCUGUAACCAUCAAGAGGGUCUUCCUAAUGUUUAUGUGGAAUCGUUUUUCCUGAAAUAUGAACCAAUUACUCUGUGUCCCUAGUCUCUAGAGCAGUGGUUCUCAACCUGUGGGUCCCCAGAUGUUUUUGGCCUACAACUCCCAGAAAUCCCAGCCAGUUUACCAGCUGUUAGGAUUUCUGGGAGUUGAAGACCAAAACAUCUGUGGACCCGCAGGUUGAGAACCACUGAUCUAGGGCAAGCUUGACCCCUCCUUGAUGUGACAUGUUUUCAAAUAUUUGAACAUUGUUAAUCUGGAUUAUAUGGCAGUGGACUCAGUCUUCUUUUCUCCAAUCUACCCAGCCGCUAUUCAUAGGGCUUGGUUUCCAAACCUUUUGUUUCAUCUGCCCUCUUGUGCACAGACCCUUUUGGCACACAAGGCAUAAGCUCUACCUUCAUCACUUUAAACACAUGGAGUCUUAAAAAAAACUCCCCGUAGGAUAAGAGAAAACUCAUGUUUUGCACUACUCGGAGGAGUCUUAUUCACUUCAGGUGACAGCCUUCAAGUUAAAUAUCUGCAAAAGGGCACAGCAAGAGAAUUAGAUUCCAAAGCAAGGCAAAAUCAGUAGCAUCCCCACAGAGAAAGGAAGCAGAAUCUCCAGAAGUUAAAGAGUCCCCAGAGAAAGUGUCUCUGAAGGAUCUUCCUCAAACGUCCUCUUCGUCCAGAACCUGAUUUCCUGCUUUAUUUUGAGUUUUCUUCCCAGAGGGCAACAAAAUGUGUGUGUGUGUGUUAGUCCAUAGCCCCUUGCACUUAGCAGCAUUCCCAUAGUCCCCUUAGAUUCAUGUUUAGAAGUUGGGUUUUCAGCACCUGCCUUUUUCCUUUGAGAAACAGCUUGUACUGAACAUAGAAUGUGCUGUUCUGUUUCUGCUAUCAUUUCCUGCCUUCUUAAUAAAGAAAUCAUUGUGUUUGCU